GUCGUGAUGAGAGGUACAAAUGAUUGGCCAAUCCGCGUGAUUAAACGAAUUCUGCUUUUAGUAUAUAUGUAUUGUACAUAUUGUACUAUAUAUGUGCAUAUAUACAUUGACUCUGAUACUAAUUGUAAGUAUUUACAUCAGUUUAACAAUGAUCAUAUAAAUUUGAAAUACAUCUUAUUCAUCACAUUAGGCCGUUUCCUUUCUUUAAAGGAAGUAUAGUAACUAACCUAAAAUAAUUAAAUCUAUAUUUCGGAACAAUUAAACCGAAAUACAAAGGAGGUAAAUGGGGGAAAAAUUGUUAUUACUAUAUAAAUUAUACACUUUGUAUGCUUAUCUAAGUAUGACAUCACCUGUUCCAAGAAAACAUUUUUCUUACUACGUACAUAUAUAUACCUAAUUAAUAAUGAUAUAUAUGGCAAAACAAAACAAACUACGUUGAUCCCAAUUAUAACACUAGGUUAGAUAAGAUAAAUAAAUUAACAAGUCACAUCGAAAUAUCAAUACACAUCUUAAUAUUAUUGAAUGUGAAAUACGUAUAUUUCACAAUAUCCUAUUAUUAUGACUGACAAUAAAAGGAAAAUAGCAGGCUGUACAUGCGUUCAACAAAAGUUGCACAGACAACAACGGAGAGAUCAAUGCAAAAGGAAGAGACAAACAUUCGUAUAUAAUCCAGAGGAAGAAAUGUGGCAUGAACCGUAUUUAAGGGACUUACGCAAAGAAUUUUCAGAUGUGUCUAUAUUGUGUGAUUCGAAAAUCGAAUUGCCAUGGAAGGAUAUCGCGUUACCAGCAGCCGGCAUGAAAAUUCGUCAAGAAGUUUCGUUAACUCCUUUGAACGAUCGUAAUGGACAAACGGAUGAUACAGAUGUUGACAAAGAACCAGUGGAAACAGAAUCUCUGGGAACUAUGCUUUUACCAUGGAAAGAUUUGAUUAUUACGGAAACCUUACCAUCAAAACAAUACAGUCCCGAUAGCUGUGAUUCUACACUAGAAAUUCCAUGGAGUGAUCUUGUACUCGAGAAGCCAAUGGAUAUACAGCCGGUGCAGGAAGAAGCUUGCGUUACUGACGAUGUUGAGAUUCCAUGGAAUGACAUUUUAAUACCGCGAAAUAUAGUGAUCGAAUCACAAAAGAAAAAACAUCCAUCUUCGAAGUAUCCACCUCGUUCAUUAGUAGGAACUAAAGGUGUUAAAUGCUGUUGUGUCAGUGUUGGAUGCAAAUUGUAGAAUGAACUUUACAACGAGUUGUAAAUAAUUUAUAAAUUUCCGAUAAAAGACUGAAAUAUAAACUUUUAUUAGGUUAUAUUUUUUUAAAUACUUUGGUUUUAUUUACUUUUAAUGUUCCAUAUUUUCUUUAAAAAUACAUAAAAUUUGUCGAAUUUCGGUAGAAAUUUUUAUAUUAUGAAAAAUUUAUCUAGUUUCAAGAACUACAAUGAAAUUAUUUCAUAUUAUAAAUUACGCUAUAUGUUUUAUAGGAUCCUAAAAAUUAAUAUGCAUAUAUAUGAAUCAAAAACUCGGAGAUUAACUUCUAGGAAUUAUCCCAUAUUUAGAAAUUUAUAUACGUACAAUAUACGUAUACGUAUAAAAAGUAUAUAUCAGAUUGCGCAAGUCCUUAUAACUACAAGGUCGUUCGGAAUCUUUCUCAUUAGGUUUAUUUUUAACUGAUCGA